AUGUCCAAGCCUUUUCAACCCAUCAGUGAAGUUCUCAAAGACAAACACAAAAAACAAUCUUUUGAUGAUAUUUACGGCGAGCCUGAGGAUUUUCUUGAGGUUGAGGUUCGAAACCCAAUCACUCACUAUGGGAAGGACCCAUACACUGACUACGAGAUCGUGUGUAGAACAAACAUUCCAGCAUUCAAAAAGAGACAGUCCCGUGUUAGAAGGAGGUACAGUGACUUUGUCACCUUUCGCAAGAUCCUUGAGCUCGAGGCUUCCAAAAUCGUGAUCCCCCCAUUGCCAGGCAAGAUCUUGCUUCAGCUGAACCGGUUUAAUGAUGUUAAUAUUGAGCAAAGAAGACAAGGGCUAGAGAAAUUUCUAGUCAUUGUGAGCGGCCAUCCGUUGCUUCAGACAAAGUCCACCACGUUACGUGAUUUCAUUCAAGACGAGCGCUGGGAGCCCCGGUACCCGAUAGAGCCACGUGAGCUCCUCCAUUGA